ACAUGACCCAACUCCACAAAUCUAUCAGCCAAAUAAAAUAAACACUCUUCCAUCAGGUAACUAUGCACAUGAAAUACCAGAUAAAAUAAUUUUCUGGAUUCAAGAGCUUCAAUAUUAUUCAAAAGAUAUUUACAAGUUAUUCGGGAAUGAAUUAGCUGAUGCCGAGAAUGAGUUGAAUAUAAUCGAUUUUGAAAAUUUUUGUGAAUCAUUAUGUAUAGAGAUAGAAAAUACAUUAAAUGGAUUUGUUAAAUGGAUGAAUAUUUGGAUUCACUUGCCUUUAAGUAUUUGUCGAUUGGGUAGAGAAA